AUGGCCAACCCCUCGCCUGCGAGUGGCCCUCUUGAUGACGAAAUGCUGAACCCCAUCACUCACACCAUCCUCACUGAAUCAGACAUUACAUGCUCGAUCCCUUUGCAUCUGACCCCCAAGACCUGCUGUUCCCAGUCAUCCUCUGUCGGGCAGAUGUCUACUUUCAAGCCACAUGCUCGGCGGCCAAGUGUGCUCAGGGAACUGCGACACGAUUCCGCCAGCUUCGGCCGUGUUGGUGACGAGAGCCUCAACAACCCUGAUGGGGACCUCAGCCACCCCGCCGAUCAAGCUCGGACGAUCGAGCAGCUGGCACGCGAAAAUGCUCUUUUACGCCAGGAGGUUACAGGUCAAGAUCUUUCACUUCCUCGCAUUCGGGGUAGUAUGUCUAAAGAGGAUCUCGUUGUAGAAGAUCUGGGGGAAUUGCGCGACGUCCAACGUUACAGUAACUUGGGCAGCAACGCGAGGCGACCCUUUUCCGAGCAUUCACCCGAUUUAGAGCAGCGAUUUUCAUCAUUCACUACGGAGUAUGUUCGCAAGUCUCAUCGGCAGACCGCGCCUGGGUUUGGAAGCGUCACCGAUAUCCCUCUCAGUCGUCGCCACACAUUUGCCGAUAUUCACAUGCGUCAUACCUCUAUCAGCUCGGUUGACUCGCACGCAUCUGCUACCACUCCGUCUGGGCUUAGAGACCGCGAUGAAGGGUAUGGAAAUAGCAAGUACUUUUCCGACCCUUCUAUGCUUCCCCAAACCUUUUACCCGUGCGGACAGACAUUGUGUGAUGAGUGUUUAUCGGACAUUCCGCUCUCUCCCAGUCGAUAUGCGAUUUCUGGUGCUGAUGACCGUCAACCGCAACUCUUGUCACACACACAAAAAAAUCAACUUCUGUACCUUGUUACAUUCAAAUGUCACCGCGCAAAUGUCUUCUAUGUUCAGAAGGAUAGUGAUAUUAAAGUGAAGGACGGUGAUCUUGUCAUCGUCGAGGCUGACCGAGGCACGGACUUGGGCACUGUACAGCAUGUCAAUGUGACAAUACAGAAGGCGCGCGAGCUCAAACAGCAGUAUUCCCAGGAGCACUACAAACGGCUCAUGUUUUUUUCCCACCAGGGACAACAUGAGGGCCCGAACUUGGCCAAUGCAGGCCUGCAAAUCCUCAAUACCACGGGCGGCAUGGGCACCCACGCAAAUGGUGUGCAGGAGACCGGUGCAGAUAUCAAGCCCAAGCUCAUCAAGCGCCUCGCACAGAACCAUGAGAUCGAAAUUCUGCGUAACAAGGCAGGAAACGAGGCCAAUGCUAAGCGGAUCGGUCAGCAAAAAGUCGCCGAACAUCGGCUAAACAUUCAAAUUCUAGACGCCGAGCUUCAAAUGGACUGGAAGAAACUCACAUUCUACUACUUCGCGGAUUCGUAUAUCAACUUCAACUCAUUGGUGGCCGACUUGUUCAAAGUCUAUAAAACCCGAAUCUGGAUGUCCGCCAUCAAUCCUGCCGCUUUUGUGAUGCCGCCGACAGCCGGCCUGCAGGGGCCCGGUGGGUUGAGCAACCCACUUUACAGACAAGACGAACAAUAUACCGAUUGUCGCCACCUGUAUGACGGCUUAGCCUACAGUGGAGUACCGGAUGCGGUCAAUACUCAAUGUGAGGGAAGGGUAAACCAGGUGGGCAUGCUUUGCACCGCUUAUAAUGAACCUUACGAACCGUUCGCUCAGCCAUCACGCCAAGUGGCCGCGGCGCAAACUGACGCCUUUACCCAAUUCUCUCCGGCCACCCAUGACGACAUGGAGAUGAACCCGUCCGACUAUCUCGCUGGCAAUGCCGGCUCCAGCUGCGCAGCCUGCAUGCACCCAACAAGGCGAUUGGACUGGCCGAUUCCAGGGGAUAUCGCUCCACUCCUGAUCUUCUAUAUACCUCUGCUCAAUUUGGAGAUCAUCCUUUGUAAUAGGACCGGCUAUUGA